AUGCCCAAACGCAAACGCGACAUCUCCCUCGACGAGCUCUUCGCCCGCCACCGCACCGACCUCUUCCAAGCGCUACGCACAGCCAAGGGCUUCGAACGCCAGCGCCAAUCCAAGCGGCUUGCGGACCGCAAGGCGCCCCCCGACAAGCGGGCGCGCAUCGAGAACGAGAUCGUCGUGCUCAAGUCGCUCGACCUGCAGCAGACGGAGCACGCCCACCUGUGCUCGUCGCUGCUGCGCGUCAAGGGAAUUGCUGACGCUGCCGACCGCCUGCCUGCAGAGGUUCGUGCUGGUGAAGCCGGGUGGUGGAGAAGGCGGUGGAGGCGGUUUGUGAGGGUGUUGGGGGUGGCGGUGCCGGAAAAAAAGGGGAGGGUGAGGAAGGGGAAGGAAGGGGAUGGGUUGGGAGAUGGGGCGGGGAAGAAGAAAGGGGAUAGGGCUGAAGUGAAGGCCGGUGGGGACGAUGAAGAGAAAGAUGGGGGAAAGGAAGCUAGGCCAGGGAAAAAGGAAGGGAAAAAAGGCGGAGAGAAGGCUGACCAGGACGGCCAACCUAACAACAGUGAGCCUGAUGAAGAGGAGGAAGAAAAGAGCAUCUCUCAGCUGGAUAAGCUGUUGGGCCGGGCGAGAAAGCGGUCAACCGUGGAGCUGGACCCGAUGGAAAUCACAACCGACGAGGAGGAUGGAGACGACCAAGAUCUGGACCCUAUGGAGCUCACCUCUGGCGAGGAAGAGGCGAGCGGCAGCGAAGAGGAGUUUAAUGGGUUCAGCGAUGACGAAGGCCAGCAGAGCUCGGCCAGCGAUGACGAGGCCGACUCAGAUGCCGAGAGUUCUGCCUCGUCUGUGUCUCGCUCGCCCCCGGUAAAGAAAGCCAAAAAGGCAAAGGGACCGCUCAAACCAACAGACUCCACCUUCUUGCCCAGUCUCAUGGGCGGCUACAUCUCAGGUUCCGAGUCGGCAUCCGACAUCGAUGUGGCCCCGGAACGCCGAAACCGCCGAGGGCAGCGCGCGAGACAAGCCAUUUGGGAGAAGAAGUUUGGCGAAAAGGCAAAGCAUCUCCAAGAGCCCGCCAAGGGCCGGGACUCGGGCUGGGAUCUCAAGCGGGGUGCUGUCGACGCAAACUCGAAGCCAUGGAAACGCGGUAUCCGCAACCCCCUACUUAAUAAGGCCAAGGCCUCCUCCGGGGCAAAUGAUACGGAACUGGGACCCCCAAAGAAAGAGCCAGCUCCGAGAAAACGGGAUGACUCGGGGUCUCUCCACCCAAGUUGGGAGGCAAGGCGGUUAGCCAAGGCAAAGGAGCAGAUGAGUGCUCCGUUCCAAGGAAAGAAGAUCACCUUCGACUGA